CGCGCGCGACGAUGGUGGCCAACGAAGCGCUCGCGGCGAGCCUGAGGGCGUCUCAGGUUCCCCCGUUCAAGGUGAUGGAGGUGAUGAUCGCGGCGCACGCACGCGAGCUCGCGGGCCUCCCCGUGCUUCACAUGGAGGUGGGCCAGCCCUCCGACGGGGCGCCCGCGCACGUGUGCGAAGCGUCCAAACGCGCGCUCGACGCGUGCGCCGCGGGUCGCACCACCCUCGGGUACACGAUAUCCGACGGCAUCGAUCCGCUGCGCGCCGCCAUCGCGAGGGACUACGAGACUCAAUACGGCGUGGCGGUGGACCCCGCGGACGUCAUGGUCACCACCGGGUCAUCCGCCGCUUUCGUCCUGGGCUUCACCGCGGCGUUCGACCACGGCGAUCGCGUCGCCAUCGCCACUCCGGGGUAUCCCGCGUACCGCAACAUCCUCGAGGCGCUCGGCGUGGAGGUAGUGUCGAUCCCGGUGGACGCGUCCACGAACUUCCAACCCACGGUGGGGCUCCUGGACGCCGCGUUGGACGGCAAACCCAUCAAGGGGCUCAUCGUCGCGUCCCCUUCCAACCCCACCGGGACGGUGCUGACGCGCGCCGAGCUGUUCGAGCUGAUCGACUGGUGCAAAUCGAAGAAGGUGUGGUUCGUGUCGGACGAGAUCUACCACAAGAUCGAAUACGGCGAGGAGCGCGCGACGACGGCGCUGGAGGCGCCGGGAGGAGCCGAGACGUGCUUGGUGAUCAACUCGUUCAGCAAGUACCACUGCAUGACCGGCUGGAGAGUCGGCUGGGCCGUGGUUCCACCCGCUUUGCAACCGGCGAUGCGAGCGCUGCAGCAAAACCUCUUCAUCAACGCGCCCAACAUCGCGCAGAUCGCCGCCGCCGCCGCGCUCGACCCGGAGUGCGACGCCGUGCUGAGGGGCCACGUGGCGAAAUACGCCAGGAAUCGCGAGAUCUUGAUGGCGGGGCUCCCGGAGGCGGGGUUCACCAAACUCUCCUCCGCGGGUGGGGCGUAUUACAUCUACGCUGACGUGUCCGACUUGUCGACCGAUUCCAUCGCGCUGUGCAAGCGCAUCCUGGACGUCACCGGCGUGGCGUGCGUCUCGGGGGUGGAUUUCGACAGGGAGCGGGGGCACCACUUCGUGAGGUUCUCGUUCUGCGGCAGCACGGAGACGUGCGAGGAGGCGGUGAGGAUCCUUCGCGAGAAGCGCGAAGAGUGGCAAAAGCACUGAAAAAGAAGAGCGCCGUGCGACGAGGGGUCUCGAGAAAACGCGAGACGGCCCUCGGCGCAUCCGGGGCGCGUUGGUCCAAACCUGACCACGAACCGAUACGCCACCGGAGGGGGUUCUUCGAUUUGAACGACGAUGAACGAACCCUCUCCCGACGAAUCGAAUCGCAAACGACGUCGCUCGGUUGGCGACGAAUGAAAUCAUUUAUUAUCGAAUCAAAGCGCGUU